AUGUUUUUCAAGACUUUAGGUGAGAUAAUAAACCUAAAAUCUUUAUCCGGAGCAAUAUUUGCGAUCUUGUUAUUGCCCCUGGCAUAUUUCAUUUGCCUUUGUAUAUACAACAUAUAUUUUCAUCCACUCGCCUCGUACCCUGGACCUAAAUAUGUCGCCGCCUCUCGCCUGUGGUGGCUAAUUCAUAGCUUCCGUGGUGAGCUGAGUUACAAAACAAAAAGUUUGCAUGAUCACUAUGGCUGGGUUGUGCGUAUAGCGCCAGACGAGCUCUCAUACACUGCACCCGAAUGCUGGAAAGAUAUCUAUGGACAUCGCAUCGGGCAGCCUGAGAAUUACAAAGACCCCAGCGAGAAUUUUACCCCAGGGCAAGCUCAAUCCAUCAUCUUUGCCGACAAAGCCAAGCACUCGCAACUGAGGCGUCUUCUCUCCAAUGCCUUUUCCGAGAAAACCCUGCGGGACCAAGAGCCGGUUUUAAGGCACUACACUGACCUCUUGAUCCAACGAUUGUCAGAAGAGUGUAACGGAGGGUCUACUCCUCUGGACUUGGUCAAAUGGUACAACCAGUACACUACCUUUGAUGUCAUUGGACACCUGGCAUUCGCUGAGCCCUUUGACUGUCUCAGUCAAUCUUCAUAUCAUCCAUGGGUGGAGUUGAUCUUCCAGACCAUCAAGUACAUCUCCUUUGUGCGGACGGUGCAGAGGAUUCCUCUCAUCUGGAGAUUGUCACGGUAUAUUAUACCUAAAGACCUGGUACAGAAAAGCAUCGCGAACAAGGACUUGACCAAGAUGAAAGUUCUCAAACGCAAGUCUCGCUCUCCAAACUAUGUUGACUUCAUGAGUCAUCUCAUUCAAGCGCAGGAGAAGGGUCAACUGCAAGAAAUUGAUCUUAUACGAAAUGGUGAGGUGUUAGUCGUGGCGGGGAGUGAAACAACAGCCACGCUACUUUCUGGAGCAACUUUUUAUCUCCUGACCAACCCUCGGGUACUAGCCAUACUCGUCAACGAAAUUCGUUCGUCGUUUAAUUCUCUAGAGGAAAUUACGAUAAGCCGCGUUAAUCAGCUUGACUACAUGCUCGCUUUCUUGAACGAGGCAUUCCGUCUUUAUCCCCCAGGAGCCAAUGCACACCCUCGAGUUAGUCCUUCACAGGGCACUACGAUCAAUGGGUCAUUUGUACCAGGAAAUAUGGUGAUGGGUAUGAAUCAAUACGCGGUUUUCCGAUCAUCGGAUAACUUCAAAGACUCUGAAUCCUUCAUUCCGGAAAGAUGGCUUGAUGAUGACCGUUUUAAGGACGAUAAAAAAGAUGCCUUGCAGCCAUUUUCCUUCGGGCCCCGGAAUUGUAUCGGGCGAAAUUUGGCAUAUGUCGAAAUGCGCUUAAUCAUGGCCAAACUUCUCUUUUCAUUCGAUCUCAGCUUGAGAGAAGAGUGCCAUGAUUGGAUCAAUCAGAAAAUCUAUACUGUCUGGGAAAAGGCGCCGCUCAUGGUGCAUCUGACGCCU